GCGGGAAGGUCUAUGCCUUCGACGAGACGUGGCAUCCGGACCUGGGGGAGCCCUUCGGGGUGAUGCGCUGCGUGCUGUGCGCCUGCGAGGCGUCUCAGUGGGGUCGCCGCCUGAGGGGCCCGGGCAGGGUCAGCUGCAAGAACAUCACCCCCGAGUGCCCAGCCCUGACCUGCAGACAGCCGCGCCAGCUGCCCGGACACUGCUGCCAGAGCUGUCCCCAGGAGCGCAGCGGCCCCGAGCGGCAGCCGUCGGGUCUGGCCUUCGAAUAUCCGCGGGACCCGGAGCACCGCAGCUAUAGCGACCCUGGGGAGCCCGGCGCUGAGGAUCGGGCGCGCGGUGACGGCCACACUGACUUCGUGGCGCUGCUGACCGGGCCGAGGUCGCAGGCGGUGGCACGGGCCCGGGUUUCGCUGCAGCGCUCCAGCCUGCGCUUCUCCAUCUCCUACCGGCGGCUGGACCGCCCCACCAGGGUUCGCUUCUCAGACUCCAAUGGCAGCGUCCUGUUUGAACACCCGGCAGCCCCCACCCAGGAAGGCCUGGUCUGUGGGGUGUGGCGGGGAGUGCCUCGGUUGUCCCUGCGGCUCCUUAGGGCAGAGCAGCUGCAUGUGGCUCUCGUGACGCCCACUCACCCCUCAGGGGAGGUCUGGGGGCCUCUCAUCCGUCACCGGGCUCUGGCUGCAGAGACCUUCAGUGCCAUCCUGACCCUGGAAGACCCUGCACAGCAGGGCGUGGGGGGCAUCACUCUACUUGCUCUCAGUGACACAGAGGACUCCUUGCAUUUUUUGCUGCUCUUCCGGGGGCUGCUGGAACCCAGGAGUGGGGGACCAGCCCAGGUGCCCUUGCAGCUCCAGAUUCUACACCAGGGGCAAGUCGUGCGAGAGCUCCAGGCCAAUGCCUCAGCCCAGGUCCAGGUGAUAGGCAUAGGCAGUGAGGUGGUGGCCAUGACGCUGGAGACCAAGCCUCAGCGGAGGAACCAGCGCACUGUCCUGUGCCAGAUGGCCGGACUGCAGCCUGGCGGGCACACGGCCGUGGGUGUCUGCCCUGGGUUGGGUGCCCGAGGGGCUCAUAUGCUGCUGCAGAACGAGCUGUUCCUGAACGUGGGCACCAAGGACUUCCCAGACGGAGAGCUGCGGGGGCAUGUGGCUGCCCUUCCUUACAGUGGUCACAGUGCCCGCCAUGACGCGCUGCCCGUGCCCCUGGCAGGAGCCCUGGUGCUGCCCCCUAUGCGGAGUCGGGCGGCAGGUCAUGCUUGGCUCUCCCUGGACACCCACUGUCACCUGCACUAUGAAGUGCUGCUGGCUGGGCUGGGUGGCUCAGAACAGGGCACUGUCACCGCCCACCUCCUUGGGCUUCCUGGGAUGCCAGGACCCCGGCGGCUGCUGAAGGGAUUCUACGGCUCAGAGGCCCAGGGUGUGGUGAAGGACCUGGAGCCGGAGCUGCUGCAGCACCUGGCGAAGGGCACUGCCUCCCUGCUGAUCACCACCAAGGGCAGCCCUCGAGGGGAGCUGCGAGGGCAGGUGCACGUCGCCAACCAAUGCGAGGUGGGCGGCCUGCGCUUGGCCGCGUCAGGAGCCGACGGGGCGCCGGCGCCCGGAGCCCCGGAAGCGGCGGCCCUGCCUGCGCUGCCUGCCGUGCCUGGCCCCGAGGCCUCAGCGCCCGCCAAACCCGGCGGACCCGGGCCGCCUCGAGACUCCAACUCGUGCUUCUUUGAGGGGCAGCAGCGCUCCCAUGGGGCUCGCUGGGCGCCCAACUACGACCCCUUCUGCUCGCUCUGCACCUGCCAGAGACGCACCGUGAUCUGUGACCCCGUGGUGUGCGCGCCGCCCAGCUGCCCACACCCAAUGCAGGUGCCGGACCAGUGCUGCCCAGUGUGCCCAGGGAAGCAAGACGUCAGAGAACGGCCUGGGCUGCCCAGAAGCCGGGACACCGGCGAGGUGGUGUUAGGAGCCCACUCCCAGCUGGGGGACCCCAUGCAGGCCGACGGGCCCCGGGGCUGCCGUUUUGCAGGGCAGUGGUUCCCAGAGAGCCACAGCUGGCACCCAUCGGUGCCCCCCUUUGGGGAGAUGAGCUGUAUAACCUGCAGAUGUGGGGCAGGGGUGCCCCACUGUGAGCGGGUCGACUGUUCACCCCCACUGUCCUGCGGCUCGGAGAAGGAGAGUCGAUGCUGCUCGCCUUGCACAUCCCGGAGGCCAGCCCCAGAGACCAGGACUGUUCCGGAGCUGGAGAAGGAAGUGGAAAGCUCAUAG